CUAGAUUCCUCCGUCACCAUUACGUUCAUGUUGCAUGUUGCGGUAUAGCUACCCGAUGAGGCUAGCAAACGCUUGCAGUCGGCAACUAUACCGAUUGAGCCAAUGGAUGAGUUUACUAUAUGAUGCUUCGAGCUUGGGCUCUUGUCCAUCGACUGACAAGUGCUUCUCACCACCAUCUACAUGCCAGGAACGAUCCUCAUCACGGGCGCCGCAUCCGGUCUCGGCCGCGCCUUUGUACAGCACUACGCAUCGCAAACCCCUCCGCGUUCCAUAAUCGCUAUAGACUCCAAUGCGUCCCCAAUAACACCCAGUCUCGCCGAAAAAACUGUUACAUACCUAAAAGCAGACAUCACCAGCCAAUUUCAAGUCUCCAGCAUCGCACAGCAACACCCAUCCCAGCCCAUCGAUCUCCUGAUCCACUGCGCCGGCAUCCGCGGCCUCGUUCCCGCAAUCGAAGAAUCAAACCCCGGGGACGUCGCAGCUGCAGAGACGCUCGACGUCAUGGACCACGCUACAUUCAGCAGAACAUUCGAAGUCAACACCUGGGGCACGUUCAACGUUGUGACCACUUUCCUGCCCCUGUUGAGGCGAUCGCGGGAUGCGAAGGUGGUGAUUCUGAGUUCGCGUAUGGGCAGUGUGGCUGCGAAUAGGGCGGGUGGAGGGUAUGCGUAUAGGGCGAGCAAGGCGGCGUUGAAUGCAGUGGUUAGGAGCUUCUCGAUUGAUGUGCCGGGUGUCACGUUUUGUUUGUUGCAUCCUGGGAGGGUGGAGACGGGCUUGGUGAGGUGGAAGGAAGAGGGGGCGAUUAGUGCCGAGGAGAGUGUGCGAGAUUGUUUGAAGGUGAUCGAGGCACUGGGAAGUGAGGAUAGUGGGAGAUUGGUUGAUCGGUUUGGUGUUGAUAUUCCGUGGUGAAGAUGUCGUGAGUACAUCGAAAUAUUAAGAGGUAUUAGAUGUGGAGGUAGAUUGAUUGCGGGAGAAAUGCGUGAAGGAGGCUGAUGAAUCCUAUGCACUGGUCGACCUUGGUCUACUAUGAGGGACUUCUUUGGCGGUCACUGACGGUCGCUGAAAACGGGAACUUUGCCUUCGACAGUGCGUCCGUACUCACGAUGGAAUCGUGAUAUCU